GUCGAGAAGGCUGUGCACGGAUCGGAGGCACGUCAGUUAGAACAAAAUUAUUCAUUCACAGUUAGAUCAUAUUCUGUGAGAAGACAAUCAUGAAUUCUAAAAUUAGAGCACGGUCUGCAAAGACCAAAACCACGAUAACGAAAACAAAUGCUGCAACGGAAUCUAAUAAUGAUAAUAUUGUAUUUUCUUAUACAAAAUCUAGGCCAAAAACUGCCAAAGUACGGACAUUGCCAAAGAAAUUGCCAACAACAUCUACGCCAAAGAGGACAACACAACCUGUAAGGAAAGCAGAUCGAAAAGACUCCUUUGAGGACCAUGUAUAUCAACCCAAAACAAACCAAUAUAAGGGGAUUCUAAAAAAGCCUAGUUUAGAUUUAGAUCUUGAUUUAAGUGAAACAACAAUCACUAAAGUGGAAGAUGAUCUACGAAUUGAGGACUUGGAAUUAACACAAAAUACAACAGCAUUUAUGACUGAUAUAGAAAUGGAGACAGAUGACAGUGUGCAGAUUUCAUCAAAGUUGCGACCAGUGACUCAUGAUGGAAGUAAUGCAGCAAGAGGUGACCAAGCUAGUCCUCGUAUGUUUGGUCGAUCUAAUACAUCAAGUCCAACGGGGAUGUCACAGAAAAAGACUGUUACACGAUUGGGUAAGAGAACCAAGCUAGAAUCAACUCAUGCUAAUAUAGAAGAAAUUGAUAAUGAGGAUAUUGAAUUGUAUGAAGCUGACACAGGUACGAGGUCCUCCUCUCAGAUGGAUGUCAACCAAACAAUUGAUAUCACUGAUGACAGAGGUUACGACACCGAUCUUGAAAAUACUGAGGAGCCUGAGGCGUAUGACCACACUGGCAAAACUGCUUAUGUCGAUGCCUGUAAGAGGCAAGGUGUUAUACCAGUGUCAUAUUUCUUGCGUCACAUGCAUGACCCUUCACUGGAACUGAAGCAUCAUUGUUUGGGAUCAGAGGGCAUGAAACCCAUUGCUGUAUCUCUUGUGAGCAAUUGUUACAUCACGCAGCUGAAUCUCAGUGACAACUGGUUGGGAGUCUCCGGUGGUCUCUCCGUGUGUGAGAUGUUACGAGAGAAUUGUUACAUCACAGAUAUCGACCUAUCCGAUAACAAGCUUUCCCGCCAAGUCGCACAAUCAUUAUUAGAAGUUUUAAACACAAAUAUAACCAUACAGAAACUGAAUAUUUCCGGGAAUGACUUUGAUGAUAGCUGUGCUCAAUGUUUUGCUGAUGCAAUCUAUAAUACAUCAAAACUAGAAUAUUUAGACAUGAGCCGAAACAGAUUCGGUGAAGUAGCCGGUGUACUAUUUUGUCCCGCCAUAUCAGAAAAUAGUUCCCUGAAGUACCUAGAUUUAAGCUGGAACUGUAUACGGCGGAAAGGGGCGGUUGCAUUGGCAGCAGGAUUAAAAGGUAAUAUAGCAUUGAAGAAGGUCAACUUAUCCUGGAAUGGUUUUGGCAAUGAGGGUGCUUUGGCACUUGGGGACUGUCUAAAAGUCAACUCGGUGUUAGAAGAACUGGAUAUAUCCAACAACCGUAUCCUCACUGAAGGAGCUGUUUUGUUUGGAAAAGGUAUUGCAGUCAAUGAAACACUACGAAUAUUAAAGAUGGGAAAGAAUCCAAUGCAGAGUGCCGGGUGCUUUGCUUUAUGUACGGCUCUUCUCAAGAAUGCGAAUUCUGUCAUGGAAGAGAUGGACUUCACGGACGUUAUCGUCAACCCUGACUUUAAGGACAUUUUUGAGAAAGUAAAAGAAGUAAAGCCAGAUAUAGUUAUACGUCACGGAGGGGAUGAAACCCCCAAGAAGCCAAAAGCACGAGUGCAUCCUAUGGUCAAAUUAAAGAACUAUAUCGAUAAGAACAAUUUACGACUAGUUGAUUUUUUCAACAAGUUCGAUAAAGAUCGAAGUAUGAGUGUGACUCGGGCAGAAUUUGCUGAAGGAAUCACGGAAUUUGCAGAGGAGACUGGAAUUAAGCUUACUGUACAGGAAGUCCAACUUCUAUGUGAUGAAUUAGAUAAGGAUGGAGAUGGAGAAAUCAAUUAUAGCCCAUUACUUCUGCUUUAGUGAAAUGAUGAUUAGUCAUACACAAUUCAUGGCUAAUGAAAGAGGGCAUCUACUCUGAAUCUGAGGGCAUCUAACCAGGAGCUGAGGGCAUCUAAAGUUGGACCAUCGAUGAUGGUUGACUACAGAGGGCAUCUAUCUAGGAGCUGGGGGCAUCUGAGGUGGAACCCUAGAUAUCCAUUGAACUACAGGGGGCAUCUUAUCAGGAGCUGGGGGCAUAUGCUGUUGGACCAUAGAUCAAUGAACUAUGGGGGGCAUCUAUUCGUUAAUAUGGAUUUAAAAAGACAAACAUAGUCUCUUCAAAACAUUUUUACAGUGAAAUUAGGAAUGUUUUAGACCACAGAUGUACCCCAGAUAUUGGGUAUCUUUGACUCGUAUUGAGAACAUAUCUAAAACAAAUUGACAAGCUUUAUCAUGGAAGUGAUGCCAUAUAUGUGCAACCAGUGCAAAUGAUAAGUGUACAAUUAGAAUGAGGCUUCUAGUACUGUACAUUGCAAUUUUGUAUCCAAUUUUAUUUUCAAAUUGAUUAUAGGUUGUUCCAAAAUAUCAGUAUUGGACUGUGUAUAGCAUUCAGUCGUCAUUGUUAGGCAUCUGUAACAAAAGGCAGGUG